AUGGCUAAAAUUAACAACUCAGUAAACAACAGAUGUUGGCGAAGAUUCGGAGAAAUCCUUGCUGCACUGUUGGUGGGAAUGCAAGCUGCGAGGGAUCGGGGCAAAGUCGCAUUUCCCCGGGAAGGCCUGCCUGUCAACAGCGGUGUCUGGGGCUGCAGAGUCCCCCCUCUCCCUGGGUUUCACGUCUCACUCCCACAACGCGUCAGGUCCUCCCGCCGGGAUACUAGUGACGCGACCGCAGUUCGCAAUCCCAUUGGGCGUCGGGUUUCUGGAGCACCCAAUCAGCGGCACCGAGAUUCCGGGUUCGAAAGUCCUGACCACACCCACAGGGACGCAUCUACGCCUCAGACCCUGAAGGUCUGGGCCACGGGGCCCCGAACCCUCGUCCUGCUGCUGUCGGGGGCCCUGGCCGAGACCGAGACCUGGGCGGAACCGCCCAAAACACAUGUGAGCCAUCACCCCAUCUCUGACCAUGAUGUCACCCUGAAGUGCUGGGCCCUGGGCUUCUACCCUGCAGAGAUCACCCUGACCUGGCAGCAGGACAGGGAGGACCUGACCCAGGACACAGAGCUUGUGGAGACCAGGCCUGCAGGGGAUGGGACCUUCCAGAAGUGGACGGCUGUGGUGGUGCCUUCUGGACAGGAGCAGAGAUACACGUGCCAUGUGCAGCGUGAGGGGCUGCCCGAGCCCAUCACGUUUACAUGGGAGCCACCUACUCAGCCCAUCAUGGGCAUCAUUGCUGGUCUGGUUCUUUUUGUGAUCACUGUGGUCAUUGUAGCUGUGAUCUGGAGAAAGAAGUGCUCAGCGUGAGACCAGCUGCCUUGUGGGGCCUGAGGGAUGCAAGAUUUGUUCACACUCCCACUUGGUAACACCAACAACCCCUGACUUCUCUUUGUGCAAAAAGUGUCAGAAAGUGUCUGUGUUCCUAUGAGCAUAAUGUGAGGAGGUGGGGAGAGUGGCCCACCCUGCCCACCACGCCCCCUUCCCAUACUGACCUGCCUUCUCAUUUCUGAUGUACUCUCCUGUUCCAGCAGAGGCAGGGCUGGACCGUCACCAUCCCUGUCUUUAUUUCAUGCUGGACUGAGUACGAAUGACUUACUUCCCUAUUGAAAAUGAGAAUCCAGAUAUGAGUUUGUGUUUUUUAACACUUGGCAUGUGGGGUUGAUGAGGUAAUAAAAGGAGAUUUGUAAAAUUGAGACAGCAAAUAAGCGGAAGCACUGAGAACCUUCCAGAACUUUUGUUUGCUGUGUUGAGUCUAUUGCAGGUGGGAAUAGGAGAAGGCUCCGAGGAGCCAAGCGGGGAUGGGGCCUGUGCCCAGUCAGUGCUCAGUGCAUCAUGGGUAUGACAUGCUCACCCCUCAGCUGGGUCAUCUCUCUGCUCUGUGUCCUGCCCCUUCUGUGGAAGCUUGUCUCACCAGGACCUGUGAUCACAGAGACCUGUCACCAGGACCUUGUGCAGCAAGAGCUUCCUGUGACUGACAGCUUAGGCUCAGGCCCAGGUCAUGACAUAGCCCCCAUUUUGGGUGGUUUUUUUCAUUGUUUCUGUAGAGCAUCAGGCCUGUUCUUGCUCUUGUGUACUUGUCCCGUUCUCCCCUGGGCGACCCCGUCAGUUACAGCAGCGGGUGUCCUUUGGGCUGUGGUUCCCACAGGCCUAGUUCAGGCCCUGCACACAGGAAUCUCUGUGGUAUGGAGGGAUGAACUUCCAGAUUCAUCCAUGUCUUCCCCUCCCUCUAGAGCUAUUGUCUGGAUUAUUCUUUAGAUUCCGGAGAUAGAGAGAGGAGGAAUCUGAAAGGUUCUCAUCCUUAUUAAACUUCAGUUAGUUUCUACCUUCUCUGCUGCUCUGUUCUCUCUCCCUGCCCUUAGUUCAGUGAUCUUAGUGCUGGCUCCGAUCCAAGUGCAUGGAUUUAUAAAGCAGAGUCUAACAUGGAUUUCUAGGUGGUUGGAGAAAAGGACCCGUAAAGCCUAAGUACAGUGUUUCUGAAGAGAGAACUCUGUGUGCUGUGUGUGCCCGAGACAUGGGGGGGGGGGGGGGGCUGAGC